AUGACAAAGCCCGAGUCCCAUCUUUCUGGCUUGUUGGAGAGAUGCACUCACUUGAAUCCAUCAGACCGUGCGUCUGUCCUUGAGAACGAUGCGCUGCUUGCAUCCAAGUAUCAUUCGGCAGCAGUCCUUGGAGAUACAGAUGCACCUACAGACCCCGAGACUGAGGUAGACUUUCAUUAUGUCUGCUUCGUCAAAUCCCACCGUAAUAACAAUUUGUACAUCAUGGACGGGGAUCGGAAUGGGCCGAUCAAUGGAGGUACCAUGUCCAACGACGACCUCCUCUCAGAGCAAGGAAUCCAGGCUGUCAUGGAUUUCAUCCAGCAGCAUGAUGACACCGGUCAAUACAGCUUGUUGGCGUUGGCCCCAAGCCCCGAUGUUACAUUUUGA